GCAGUGCUAUAGGUGUCUCUCUGCUUCUCUCCCUCUCUCCCUCCCCUUUCCUUUUCCCUUUCUGACUUUCUCUAUCCAAUAAUAAAGACAAUAAAAAUUCAAAAAAGAAAAAUAAAUUAGAACAGAUUGCAGCAGAUUUUGUUUAAGUAUGACUUCAUGUUUCUCAUUCUCUCUCUCCAUCAUAGAACACUUUAGCAUUCUAGAUUGCUUAUUCAUCACAAAUUCUGUCUCCAUGAGAAUUGAAAAAAAAAAAAAAAGAAUUAAGACAUGUUCAAAUGGAAAUUUUCCAGGCCAAGGAAUUUCCCUUUCCUUCAUGAACUAAGAUUUCCUUAUGUUAAUGAAGCAACUAGAAUCCCUUUGAUAAAAGAAAAAUACCAGACUACCCAAGAUGAGUACUCCUGUGGAGAAGAAGCAAUUGUCAUUGAGGAUGCAACCUAGCAAACUAAAGUAUUCAGGAACAACUAACCAAGCUACAGUUGGAGAUAAUGAAGAGAUUUUUGAUAUGGUCGGGCAAUCGAAGUUUGUUCUGAAGGAACUUCAUCGUUACUCAAUCCAUCCGAAUUUGUCACGCUACUAUGAACCUCUGAAGCCCACAGCACUGCAAAAAUUCCUGACUGAACAUGGGAAAAUCAGAAGCUUCAUGUUAAAAGUAACAGAGUAUGACCAGGAUAAAACCUUACUGAUUUUGACCAACAACCCACUCCCCUCUCCAUUUCAACAACAUGGAAAUGACAUCACGCCUAUCACACCCUUUUCUGAGGAGUUCCAGUUCACGGGAAGUGAUCACCACCCCAGAUAUACUGAGAACCUCUACCUCCCAGGGAUGACUCCGUCAAAAACAUUUAGGUCUGAACGGAAACCAACCUUCCCUGUGACACUGUUGGAAGAACUUUCACCGAGGCAGGAGCAAUGGUUUAGGUUUUCCACUGACAAAGAUUUCAUGAGUGAAGGCCGGUAUUCACAACUCCAUUCCCUGAGGAAACAGAAAACAAUGUACCCUCAGCUUACCUUUGCUCCAGCAAGGAGAAAUGUUUCCAAGAAGUUGCAGAGUGAAACGUGGACUUCCAAGAGAUUUUCAGAGCCCCUAACCCUGUUCUCGCUCCAAGAGGAGAAACCCACCAGGGUGGCGCCUGGGGAGAAAGCCUUCCGCUAUGGAAGCGCCCGCCAGUGGGUGAUUAAAAACGCCACUGUCCUUCCGUGAAA